CAUUCAAAUUCUCCUUGAAGAUACUGUUGUUACCAUGAAUCUUGCCCAUGUUGACAUUCUAAGAACUGUAGAGGAUUGUUUAAAAUUAGUAGUUGGUCACAGGCGCUUGUCUAAUGGAGUCCAUUUUUCACCAAUAAAGGUACCCAUAUAG